CUCCCCCUCCCCGUCUGCCACCGUCUCUCUCUUGGUCCGCCUGCAGCAUUCGACAUCCCAGCGAGGAUUUUUCACUACAGAGAUGGCUGCGAAAGUGUGUAGAACAGUACUCAUCUUGACCAGGAGCAGCGGAGCUGUGGCCACCGGGCUCCCCGCACUCGCUAUCUCAUCACAGCGGCACCACCAGCAUAUAAGACCGGACCAGCCUGUCAGGAGAGCACAUGGUCUGCGGUCAGCCUCCCGCUCUGCACUGUUCACCCAGCCUCCCACCAGCCUCUCAACCGCCCUCUCAACCCAGGGAUGGAGGGGCGCCCCCUCAUGGCAGGGCCAGAGACUACUGAGUUCCUCCACCGCUCCAGAAGAGGUGACGGUGGUGUACCAGAAUGGACUGCCGGUGAUCUCAGUCAGUUUGCCGUCCCGGAGAGAGCGAUGCCAGUUCACUCUAAAGCCCCUCAGUGACUGUGUUGGGGUGUUUCUCACACAGCUGCAGACGGAGGACAGGGGCAUCGACCGAGUAGCCAUCUACUCUACAGAUGGGGCGAGGGUAGCCUCUUCUACAGGGAUAGACAUCCUGCUGUUGGAUGAUUUCAACCUGGUCAUCAACGACGUUACGCACCUGGUGAGGCCGCCACGAAGAGAUCUCCUAGCCAAUGAUGAGGCGGAGCGUCUGAACGACGUGAAGUUCCUGGUUCAGCAGCUCUACACCACCAUGCGUAUAGAAGAACAUCAGCUUAGUAAAGAGAAGGAACUGGUGGUCAGACUGGAGGACCUCAACUCACAGCUACGUCCUCUAGAGCAGGUGAGGGAGGAGCUGAGUCGUAAGGCGGAGCGUCGUACCACCUGGGUGCUGUGGGGGGGUAUGGCCUACAUGGCAACACAGUUUGGGAUCCUGGCGCGCCUCACCUGGUGGGAGUACUCCUGGGAUAUCAUGGAGCCUGUCACCUACUUCAUUACCUACGCCACCGCCAUGGCUAUGUACUCCUACUAUGUACUCACACGCCAGGAGUACCUCUACCCUGACGCCAGGGACAGACAGUACCUGCUGUUCUUCCACAAGGGGGUGAAGAGACAACAUUUUGACAUCUACAAGUACAACCAGCUGAAGGACUCUAUCGCUGAGGUGGAGUUAGAUCUGAAACGCCUGAGGGAUCCCCUCCAGCUCCAACUCCCUGUCCAGCAACUCACCGCCGCCAGCAAAGAUUGAUGGGAAGAGUGAUGUCCUCCUCUGCUUUCUUCAUCUCUCCCUCCGCUCCUCCAUCUCUCCUUUCCUUACCCUCCUCCUCUCCUCCAUCCCUCCUUUCCUUACCCUCCUCCGCUCCUCC